AUGAAAGCGGAAGUUCAGUGCGUGUCCGAGUGCGAGGCGCAGCCCGUCACCAAGCCCGGCCGCUGCCCCGCGGCCGCAGACGUGUCCGUGUUCGCCGCCGCGUGCCUGAGCGCGUGCAGCGGGGACGGCGCGUGCCCGGGGACGCUCAAGUGCUGCAGCCACCGCUGCGGCGCCACGUGCCAGGAGGCGCGGGGACUCGACACGGCCCCAGGUCUCCCGGAGACGCCCGCCAACCUGACGGUGGAGGAGGCUCGGCGCGGCCGCCACGUGACGGUGCACUGGACGGCUCCAGCCAGGGCGGGGGUGAUGUACCUGCUGGAGGAGCGCCACCACGUGGGCCGCGAGUUCUCGCCGCAGCGGCUGGGGCCGUGGCUGCCCGCCAACCGCACGGCCUUCCCGCACACGUCGCUGCGGCGCCAGGUGCGGCCGGGCCGCUGGUACCUGUUCCGCGUGGCCGCCGUCGGCGCCGCCGGCACCCGCGGCUUCUCGCGGCCCUCGGCGCCCUUCAUGCUCUCCAGGGACCCCAAGCCGCCGGCGGCGCCCACGGACCUGGCGGCCUCCUCGCUGCGCGCCGCCGACGGCAGCUGCACGGGCGUGCUGACGUGGCGCGCGCCCGUCUCCGACCUGCCCGUGCAGCGCUACCGCGUCUACUGGAGCCGGCGCCUGGCGUCGGCCGCGUCCACGCCCACCUCGGUGCUGCAGUACAAGGACCAUGUGUCGCGGCACUACACCAAGUACCUGCUGAGGAACCUGCUGCCCGACUCGCAGUACUUCCUGCAGGUGCAGGCGUUCGCCCAGUUCGGCCCCGACCGGCUCAAGGGCGAGUUGGCCGGCGUCGUGCUCAACACCACGGACAGCAACCAGCUGCGCUAGGGCGGCUCGGAGGGAAGUCGUCCCUGCGGCCGCUGCAUCGCUUCAGUCAGCAAGUGAGGCGGUGACAUCGGGAAGCAACGCCAGUGCUCCGAUCGGGCCACUUGAACACUGCAUUCUGUGAUCGUCUAGCUCUUUCUAACAGACUUCACUUCCAUCUCGGGUGUGACUUGCCAGGAAAAUGCUUUUGGACUAGAGCUAUUGCUUUUACAUGAGGAUUUGUUUUUCUACUUGCACUUAUGUAUAUGUACUCGUAAUAAACUAUUAGGUUUGGUAAUAAAGUUUUCUUAUGCUUUGAAAUUAUUACUACAAAUACUACCAGCUGAUUAUACUUAAUUGUAAAUUUUUCUUAAAAUAUCGUUUUGCACCAGACAUUCUUAUAGAGAAAUAAAACUUUACUAAUUAAAGCAUGUAUUUUUGUGCAGGAUGCGUGAUUGCUACAUAGUAACUAGAAAAACACUUUCACCUUUUUUUUUUUUAAAUCCAUGAGAUAAUUCACAUGCAAUAAUAGAGAAAAAAUGUUUACAAUACCAAUCUGUUUUUGUUAAUACUAUAAAGGUUUUUUUUUUUUUCUCUGAAAGAUAAGUAAUUGACUAUUAACCUAUCAAUCGCUCUUAGGUUUUCACUUCAUAAGGCCAAAUAUAAACUUGAAAAAAAAAUUACUUCUAAUCUUAAUAUUUAAAUAUAAAAAAUGUUUAACCUAGUAAUACUUACGUAUUCUAAUUCCCAUUUAUUGUAGUUAGUUUUUUUUAAAUAUAAAAUUAAAAAAAUAUUACAUCAUAAAAUGCAUACAAGCCUUCUGUUUAUCCUCAUUUUCAAGCAAAAGUUUUAUUUCGUUAUAUAUUAUAAUUUACUAAUAUUCAUAAAUGUGAGAGGUAAUGAAUAUUUCCGUUACUGAAAUACACAAACUAAUUUUUAUAAGUAUACACAGUAUUGUGAUAAAACACCGAAUAGUAAUGUAAUAAGUUAGAAAUAAGAAAGUGGAAGAUUUUAUUGAUGAAAGGUAUUUUAUUUUGAAGAGAAGUUAUAAAUAUCAGUCAUAUUGUAAAAAGUCGUUAUCUAUGUAUACAAUAUGUUCAGCAUAAUUUUUUUUUACUGAAAUAACUAAAAACCAAGUGUACAUAGUUGGGAGGGUCCAGGUUACUCAAGCCGAAGUUUAUGUGCUAUACACAUGCAGUAGGCGUUGCAUGCGUAAUCUGCUAGGAGGGGAUUGGCCAAACCAUGGCUGCGAUUGGCGCCAUGAAUAACUCCCCUCACUUUUUCACUCUAGAUUAAAAAUGGAUAAGUUGGGCUCAGGUAAAACCUGUAUAGACAUAGGGAAAACCCUGUGCACUUACAUGCGGGAUGCAAAAAUUCAUGUAUUAAUUACAAGCAGGUUGUUUAUGGGGAACAGUGAGAUGGUUGAGGAAGAAGAGUUGGACAGAGUAGAAAGAGUCUACCAUGCGGGGGUUGGGCGCUUGUUCAGCAUCAAUGUAACUGAAGUUAUGAGUACUGAUAUGAUUUAAUAUUUUGAUUUAAUUAAGUUAAUUACGUUUUUAUUUAUGUAUUUAAUAACAGUUUAUAAAGAUUUAUAAUGAUUUACGAUGAUUUUAAGUGAUUGAUUUGCGAGGUAUAUUAUACUUGCAUGUAGAAUGUAAACAAUCUAACAGCUGUCAUGUCAGUUAAACAGAUGGCGCCUCCUAUAGGCUAUGUUAGUUGAAUAUUUUUUAAUUGGGAAUUCCAUAAACAGAUGGAAUUCCUAACGAAAAUAUGAUUACUAUAAAUGUUUUUAAAUCAAUUUUGUAAACGAAAACAUUAUAAUUUUCAAAUAUUUGUAUAUUUUUGGUGAAUAGCGGGGAACAUAAGCAUUAAAAAGUUGUUAGAAUAUUUAAUUUUGAUGAUGAAUUAAGGGAGAUAUGGCGUUGCUACAAAAAAACACCGUUGAGAAAUUAUAUAUAAUAAAUUUUCCAUAAUAUGUGAUUAUGGUGUAUGUAAGUGUAAAUGUUUUUGUAAUUCAUUCAGUAACUAGUCAGUAGUGUUUUUAAAGUAAAUAUUAUAAAUGUAUUUGAUAUUAAAAAAAUUAAAUAAUAACCUUUGGAGGCUUCAAAAGUUCAGAUAAUUGUGUUACUUACUUCAAAUAAAAUAAUUUUGACUGCAGGGGUAUAAAUUCCUUCAUACGAAAAUGUUAAUUCUUUCAGUUUAUUUUAAUGACCUGUUUGCACUGAUUUGUUAAUAAUUUCCAUAAAUUUUAUGAUUCAUUCUCCUAUUAAAAACACUAAUAGCAAUAAAGACUACUGAUAUACCUGUCGGUAAUAAUAAAGUUUUGAGAAACAAUGUUUUCACUGUUCAUCGCUGGUAUCUCAUGUUUACGAAUUUCAGCAAGCCACAAUAAAUGUGUGUAUCGGUGAGUUACAGGCCCUGCAGUAUUUUU